CCUCUAUUAUGCUUAAAAUGCCUCCUGGUUCACUUAAUUCAGGUUUCAACAGUUUUCUUUUAAGGGGUUUAUGUUGUUGAUUGAAUAGUAAUACACACAUACAUGAAACAGAACAGUAGGGAUGUCACACAGAACUAAGGAACAUUCUAAUUCUAGCAUUCCCUAACAAGCUUAUAUAUGAACCUUAGAGCCUAACACCUAUCAGUCACACACACGGAUCUCUUUGAGAGAAGUACUAACAGUUUCCACUCGUGAACAAUUUACUGUAGUUGCGUUUUUUACUUGCGAACAAAUUCUCUGCAGUUGUCUUUUGUACUUGUACACAAUUCACUGCAGUUUUGGGUUUUUUUUGGACGCUAUGGCGAACCAAGGAAAAUCAAACAUCUUCCACCACUUUCAGAUGUGGAGCCAGAGAAUCAGCGAUGAUGGUGGUCAAAUUGAGAGCCAGAAUGGACAGAAGACCUCCAAUGGCUUCACCACCGAGUCCUCGAUCCUGGACAAAGAACGGGCAGGAAGGGCUGCCUUAACUCUCCAUGCAGAAGGCCUGUGCGCUGUGGAGAAAGCCCUUAAGGAUGCGGUACUGGAGAGACUGGGACUCUCCGUCCAGGACAUCCCCCUGCCGUCACCUCAACCACCAACAACUUUGCCCUUAAGAAGCACCAAAUCCCCUUGGCAAAGAAGGAGGCUCGCCCCUCUUGUAGGUGUCACUCGUUUGCAUGUGGAGGACAUCACCAAAUGCCAGAGGAGUCCCACAAGUUUGGAUGAUGAGGAGGACGACUCCUUCUGGGACAAGGUGUUUCUCGGCGGCCAGAUGGCUGCAUGUGCAAUUAAAGAGGCUCAAAUGGCAGAGAGAGAGGCGAGCCCUACUGCUUCCCUCAGGUCUGUUGAUACCUGUACACCCACUGAGCUGAGGGCCAUUCCUCUGAUUGAGGAUAUCCCAAUCAGACCAACUCCUCCUCCUACUCCUCGAGCACUUCCACCGCUCAGGAGAAGAACAUCUCGUCUGCCUGUGCUUACUGGCAAAUUCAUUGGAUCCCCAGCUGCUCCCAAGAGGAGUCCUGCACCAGCUCCCGAGAUGGGCCCUGCACAUGCUCCCAAGAGGACCGUAGCAGUGGCACCUGAGAGGACCCCUACACAACCUUGUAGGAGGACACAAGCAGAGACCCCUUUGUCCCCAACCCCUCCACCAGUUCCCCCGACCCAGAAAAGAGGAACUCGGCCUGGGUUAAACCUGCGUUCUAUAAAAGUUGUCAGUGGAGCUGGCAAGAGGACAGCACAAGACUGCAGCCCUCAGACUAAGAAUGACAGAAAGGUGAAAAGGGUUGAACUGCAGCCAUUGACCAACCCUAUGGACGGCCUGUCGUCCUGCUUUAAGCUGCUCUCCUCCGAUGACUGGGAGAGGGAAAUUGAUGGCCUGAAAAUUAUUCAAGCUCUGGCACAGCACCACUCAGAGAUCCUGAAGACCAAACUUCAUGAGGUGUGUUUGGUCCUCAUUGAGCAGGUGAAAAAUUUGCGCUCUGCAGUUGCCUGUGCAGCGAUGAACACUGUUGCUGAGCUGUACAUUCACCUCAAAAAGGCCAUGGACCCAGAGGUGGAAGGCACGGGCCGAGCCUUGCUGCUGAAACUGGCAGCGUCAACAAACGCCUUUAUCCAGCAGCAGGCCAAUCUUGCACUGGAUGCCAUGGUGGGAAACUGCAGCCACGGUCGCAUCCUGAGUGUUCUGCUGAACACAGGGCUAAAUCACCGUUGUGUUGCAGUCAGAGGCAGCAUGGCACAACACAUGCACCAGCUGGCAGACAACCUCGGAGCAAGACGUAUCCUGACAGCAGGAAGGACAUUCACUGAACGCUUCCUUCUUGCUUUGUCCAAGAUGUGUGUUGAUGGUGCUCCAGAAGUCAGACACCAUGGACAAACAGUUCUCCUACAACUGGCCCAAAACGAGGACUUCCUGAACAUGUGGACAAAGAUUGUCCCAGAAAAAGAGAGAAGAUCUUUAAAUAAGAUCUUCAAAAAGGUCAAAUAA